GUGUCCCAUCUGGCCCCCGCAACGUCAUCUCCAUCGUCAAUGAGACGUCCAUCAUCCUGGAGUGGCACCCGCCGCGGGAAACGGGGAGUCGGGACGACGUCACCUACAACAUCGUCUGCAAGAAGUGCCGGUCCGACCGGCGCGCCUGCUCCCGCUGCGACGACAACGUGGACUUUGUCCCCAGGCAGCUGGGGCUGACGGAGACCCGCGUCUUCAUCAGCAACCUGUGGGCGCACACGCCGUACACCUUCGAGAUCCAGGCUGUCAACGGGGUUUCCAACAAGAGCCCCUUCCCCCCGCAGCACGUCUCCGUCAACAUCACCACCAACCAAGCUGCACCCUCCACUGUCCCCAUCAUGCACCAGGUCAGCGCCACGAUGAGGAGCAUCACGCUCUCCUGGCCGCAGCCCGAGCAGCCCAACGGCAUCAUCCUGGACUACGAAAUCCGCUACUACGAGAAGGUGAGCCGCAUCUGCACACCUGACAUCGGCAGCACCGUGGGCUCCAGGCCGGCCGCGGACCACAACGAGUACAACUCCUCCAUGGCGCGCAGCCAGACCAACACGGCGCGGCUGGAGGGGCUGCGCCCUGGCAUGGUGUACGUGGUGCAGGUGCGGGCUCGCACCGUGGCCGGCUACGGCAAGUACAGCGGGAAGAUGUGCUUCCAGACGCUGACCGACGAUGACUACAAGUCGGAGCUGAGAGAGCAGCUGCCUUUGAUCGCGGGGUCCGCAGCGGCUGGGGUGGUCUUCAUCGUCUCGCUGGUGGCCAUCUCCAUCGUCUGCAGUAGGAAGCGCGCCUACAGCAAGGAGGCGGUGUACAGUGACAAAUUACAGCACUACAGCACCGGGCGAGGUGAGNNNGGGAUGAAGAUCUACAUUGACCCCUUCACUUACGAGGACCCCAACGAGGCGGUGCGAGAGUUUGCCAAGGAGAUCGAUGUCUCCUUUGUGAAGAUUGAAGAAGUCAUUGGAGCAGGGGAGUUUGGAGAAGUGUAUAAAGGACGCCUGAAGCUGCCUGGCAAGCGGGAGAUCUAUGUGGCCAUCAAAACACUCAAAGCUGGCUACUCGGAGAAGCAGCGCCGGGAUUUCCUGAGCGAGGCCAGCAUCAUGGGGCAGUUCGACCACCCCAACAUCAUUCGGCUGGAAGGGGUGGUGACCAAAAGCCGACCGGUCAUGAUCAUCACCGAGUUCAUGGAGAAUGGGGCUCUGGACUCGUUCCUGCGGCAAAACGACGGGCAGUUCACGGUGAUCCAGCUGGUGGGGAUGCUCCGAGGAAUUGCUGCUGGGAUGAAGUACCUCGCAGAGAUGAACUACGUGCACCGGGAUCUGGCUGCCAGGAACAUCCUGGUCAACAGCAACCUUGUGUGCAAAGUGUCGGACUUUGGCCUCUCGCGCUACUUGCAGGACGACACGUCUGACCCCACCUACACCAGCUCCUUGGGGGGGAAGAUCCCCGUCAGGUGGACGGCGCCGGAGGCCAUCGCCUACCGCAAGUUCACCUCGGCCAGCGACGUCUGGAGCUAUGGCAUCGUCAUGUGGGAGGUGAUGUCCUUCGGGGAGAGGCCCUACUGGGACAUGUCCAACCAAGAC